AUGUCGUCGGCACCACCGCCUACACGGCCCGCCACGGGUCGAAAGCGCGCUCCGUCGUUUUCCGAAGCCAUCGCUCAGGUGCCGCAGAAUGCCAACGCGCAGGACGAGACUGCCGAUCCUGUGGUAGCUGAUCGCAUCGCUGCGGCCGACGCUGCUGCUGCUGCCGCCGCCAUCAAGGACCCCGUCGCUGCAUCCACUUCCACCGCCACCGCCACCGCCACCAAGAAGGGCAAAUACUCGUUUCAGGAUGACGAGAUCUAUCGCUCCCAGGGUCUCAUCAAGGAUCUUACCACCUUCCGAUGGAUGACCGCACCUGCUUCAUCGUUUCAGCUCGCCGCCAUCUUUGUGCUUGCGUAUUUCAACUGGAACUUCUUCAUCGGCACACCUGACAACAACCCAAUCGCCCCUUUCCUCAUGCUCUCGCAUCGCGUACCUCAGUCUCAAGUGGUCCUCGACAGUCUACCGCCCAAAGAUGGCGUUCAGCGCGCUCUGCAGAAUCUCAUCCCUCGAUCCGCCGAGAGCCUCGAAGCGAGAUACCAGAAAGGAUACAACGAUCUCUUCUUCCUCGUCUUCUACGUAAUCGUGUUUUCCUUUGUGCGUCAGUCGACGACGCUCUACAUCUUUAAACCGUUUGCCAAGUGGUGGGGCAUCAAGAGCGAGUCCAAACAGGCACGGUUUACCGAACAAGGUUACGCCGUACUCUACUGGGGCAGCGCCGCCGCGUUGGGUCUCUACGUCAUGAGCUUCCAGGACAGCUGGUGGUACAAUCUCGAACAUCUCUGGCUCAAGUACCCACACUGGCAGAUGCGCAGCGAACUCAAGCUUUACUACCUCCUCCAAUUCAGCUUCUGGCUUCAACAGGCGCUCGUCAUGCUCUUGCGUCUCGAAGCACCUCGCAAGGACUACUACGAGCUGAUCGCUCAUCACCUCGUAACCUUGUGGCUGAUCGGUUGGUCGUACCUGAUCAACCUCACCAUGAUCGGCACCACCGUCUUUGUGUGCAUGGACAUCCCCGAUACCUGGCUCGGCUUCAGCAAGGCGCUCAACUACAUGGGCCUCGACAAUAUCACCGUCGUCAUCUUUGCGCUCUUCAUGGUCAUCUGGACCUACUUCCGCAUCUAUCUUUCUGCCGCAACACUGCACAGCGUCUGGUACCAGUUUGAUCUCAUCCCCAGAUAUGCCAGGGAGUGGGAGCCCGAGAAGGGUUGGUGGUUGGUUUGGUGGAUGAAGUACCAGAUCUUUGCACCGCUCUUCUUGCUGCUCCUCCUGAAUCUCUUCUGGUACGUCUUGAUGUGGAGAAUCAUGUUCCGCGCCAUCAAAGGUAACGUCGCCGAUGAAAGGGAGGAUGGAGAAUACGACGACGACGAGGAUCACGAGAAAAAAACGCAGUAG